AUGGACGCAGCAGCGGCAGCGGCAGGAGUAACGGUCAACAUGUCGGCGGCGGGUACCCUGAAUCACGGCUCAACCAGCUUGAGUUUCGGUUUCUACUUCCUCCCUUUCGCAACCGUCAUCUGCUUCCUCAUCCCGGUCCUGUACCUCUUCCCUCCCAUCCCGGCGACCACCAGCGAUGCACUCCGCGCCACACACUCCAGAAUAGGGGUCACGCCGCCAAAGAGCAACCUCAAGGACCAGUUCUCCGCCACCCACAAGGAGGCCCGGCCCGGAGCGGCCGCUCGACUGCAGGCGCUGUUCGUGUAUCCUAUCAAAUCAUGCCGUGGUAUUGAGAUGAGCAAGAGCAAGCUGCUCCCGACUGGCCUCGAAUUCGAUCGGCUGUACACUUUCGCACAGCUCAAGUCGGCCUUCCCCGUCGCCUUGGAUGCGCCAGAGGAGACGAAGGAUAAGCAUAGCUGGGAGUUCAUUACACAACGGCAGUUCCCCCUCCUCGCAACCGUCAAGGUUGAUGUGUACGUCCCGGAUCCGACCAAGAGCACGGCGUUCAUGGAGCAGCGCUCCGGCGACGCCUGGAUCGUGUUCCGCUUCCCCUGGCAGGACCGCGGUUUUGCGGGAGCGAUGCAAUGGAUUGCCGCCAAGAUCCGCGACGGCUGGCGCGCUGUGCCGGAGAAGGAGGUUCUCUUGCCUAUUGAGUUCCCCACCGCAAAGGAUAUCGAACAGCGCGGGUACACGUACGAGGACGUGAGAGUGUGGAAGGAGAUGGUUCCCGCGUUGAACAUGGGGAAGGAGAUCCCCAGGGAGCUAAGCCUUUAUCUGGGCGUCAGCAACAAGUUGGCGAUUUUCAGGGUUGACCCAUCCAAGCUGAGAGAGGUCUAUCGAUGCGCGCCGCCCAAGGAUGAGGCUGGAUAUCAACCGAUUGUUGGGUUCCAGGACGCGUAUCCUUUGCACUUGAUGAACCUUAGCAGUCUCAGCGAGUUUGAUUCUCAGGUCCCAAAGGACGAUGACCUGAAGCAGCUUGAUGUUAGGAGGUUCCGUUCUAACAUCAUCCUCGCUGGUGCCCCGGCAUAUGACGAAGAGUCGUGGAAGUCCGUCACCUUCACCCAAGGAACCUCAAAGACUACCACUCCCGCAGAAUUUCAAGUCUCUUGCCGUACUGUCCGGUGCAAACUUCCCAACGUCGAUCCGGCCACGGGCAUCCGCCACAGCGUUGAGCCCGACAGGUCACUCCGUAAGCUCCGCGACGUCGACGAAGGCGCGCCGCGCAUGGGAUGCUUGGGAAUGCAACUGUGCCCGCUUUUCAAGGGCAUCGACCGUGUCGAGUACAUGCAGGGCUGGCUCGAGGUCGGCAUGGCCGUAGACGUGAAGGAGCGCGGUGAGCAUGUGUACAUCAAGCAGUAG